AUGGUAAUCACUGGUCAUUUUAUAGAUUCUGGGUGGAAGCUUCAGAAAAGAAUUUUAAGCUUUGUCAAGGUGCCUGCUCCAAGGCGAGGAAUUGAUGUAGCCAAUGCCAUUUUCAAAUGUUUGAAGGCUUGGGGGAUCGAAGAUAAAGUGUUCUCAGUAUCAGUUGACAAUGCUUCAUAUAAUGACUCGUGCUUGAGGUAUCUAAAAGACUACAUAUCACGCAGCACCAAGCUUGUCCUCGAUGGAGCUCUAUUUCAUGUUAGAUGUUGUGCACACAUAUUGAAUCUUUUGGUGCAAGAUGGGCUUAGUCGAAUCAAAGAUAUCAUCCAUAAUGUUCGUGAAAGUGUGAAGUAUGUAAACUUCAAUGAUUCAAGAUUGAAGAGUUUUGGUGAAGUAGUUGAACAAAAGCAUCUAAAAGAAAGGAAGUUGAUAAUUGAUUGUCCAACAAGGUGGAAUUCUACAUAUCACAUGUUAGCCGCUGCUUUAAAAUUCAAGAUUGUCUUCUCAGAAUACCAAGAAAGAGAACCUCAUUAUACAUUUGCACCUUCAAAUGAAGAUUGGGAGAAAGUCGAGAAAGUUUGUAAACUUUUAGAGGUUUUCAACUUAGCUACCAAUUUAAUAUCUGGAAGUGAAUAUCCUACUGCCAACUUGUAUCUUUCAGAGGUCUGGAAAGUGAAGCAAGUAAUUGAUGAUGCGACAAAGGAUGAUGAUCUUUUUAUGAUACAAAUGGCAACGCAAAUGAAAGAAAAGUUUGAUAAAUAUUGGGGUGAGUGCAAUCUAUUGAUGGCUGUUGCAAAUGUAUUGGAUCCGAGAGUUAAAUUUCAUGGUGUUGAAAUAUGUUUUCCAAUGAUAUACAAGUCUGAAGAAGUUGCUGCCGAGUAUGUGAACAAAGUGCGUGCUUCACUGCAACAACUAUAUAAUGAUUAUGUGGCCUUAAGUGUUGAAGAAUCAUCCUCAAGUCAGUGCAAUAUGGCUAACAUCUCCUCUGCCACCACCCAAUCUGAAUCUGCGAUAGUUACUGGGUUUGAUCAAAUUAUGAGUCUUGUAAAAGCAAAAGAAGCAAUUCCUGUAUCAAAAUCUGAAUUGGAUGCCUAUCUCGAGGACAGUGUUUAUAUUCCUGAUGGAAAUAUGUCUUCAUUUUGUGCCUUGGAGUGGUGGAGGAACAACAGCAUGAAAUAUAAAGUUUUAUCGAAGAUGGCUGCUGAUGUACUUGCGAUUCCAAUAUCAACGGUAGCUUCAGAGUCUACAUUUAGUGCUGGAGGUAGAAUUAUAGAUGAAUAUCGUUCAAGAUUGAAUGAAGAAUCUAUUGAGACACUAAUUUGUGGAGGAGAUUGGCUUCGACAUAAAUACAACUUGAAAAAAAAGAAGGUGAAUGAGUCUUUGAAGGAGAUAAGCUUAUAGAUUAAAGAAGUUCUUUAAUACUUUGGUUGCGAUUUAAUGGUUUCAGAAACUUUGGGGGAAUUUGCAAUUCUUGUGGCUUGUGGCCUGUGGGUGACGUGAACUUGAAAAACUAUGUUAUUAAUUUCUAAAUAUUUUUGUCGAAUUUUUUAAUAUUGCUUCUGAGUUAGCGUUGCUUAUUUCUUUGUUAGAACAAUCAGCUUAAUGACAAUAGAUUGAUG